AGACGUAUUCCGCAAUCGAGCGAUUAGUACCUCGUUCUCUGGGGAGCUUUUCACGCCCAGCUUAGUUGCUCCGGACACUAUAUCACUCAUCGCUGGUCGGUUGUCAGUGCAGGCUGGGCUGCCGCAGCCAUCUCCUACACCGUUAAAAUGGCAGCCCAUGUGGAAGUCGUUUCGACGGAUCUCAGGCGUGUCAAGGUCAAGGUCACGCCGGGGACGCACCUUGUCGAUGUUCUAGGCGAGGCCUGCAAGAAGCUGAACCUGAAGAGCGACAAGUAUGAGCUCAAGCACAAACAGAAGCUGGUUGACUUGACCGGCCCAUUCCGAACAUCAGGACUCGGCCCCGGCGCCAAGCUCGAGCUUGUCCAUAAGUCCAAGAGCGCCUCAGUGGUCUCUAUCGCCUUAGACAUAAACGGGCGGCGCUAUACCAAGAAACUUCCCAGCGACAUGACGUUGUGGAAAGUAAUGCGGCAAUUUGAGAGCACGGAAACUGGCCUCAACAUCACGGGAAGGGCCGUCCCCGUGGGCACUAACACUGGCCAGCUGUACUAUGAAGCCCCCGUCGUGAACAUCAUGGGCAGAGAGUACUCGGCCAUGGAGGACCUGCAGAAGACGUUGUCGCAGUGCGGUAUUAGCUCCGGCAGCAUCGCUCUCCGAGUCUCUUUUAGGCUCAGCGAGAGGACGCUAUCCGACGCGAUGCAGGAGAUCAGCAAAUAUCUCACCGAUGUCGAACCAGAGCAACCAAGACCGGAAAGAAACGAAGAAUCUGCGGUGGCUCCAGCCCUGGCCGCCGAGGAACAAAAAACUGAGGAUGUCUCCAUGGAUGAAACUCCGGCGCCUGAGGCCAUCCCACAACCGGGCGCGGAGGCCGCCGUCCCGGCUCCCCCGAAAGAUGCUGGUACCGCCGCUCCCACGGAUGUCGACGGACCUGCCGCACCUACCGCAGACCCUCUACAGCCCACCGGUGUCUUCUCCGCACCGACCUCCUCCACCCCCGCCGCCGCCCGCAGCCACGAAGACGACUCGGUUUACGAGCCCACAAUCGCCCACGCGCAACUCCGCCAGCAGCACCUCCAGCAGCAGUCGCAGAACACGCGACUCAAGUCCGACGCGGAACUCGCCGCCGAAGCAGCCGAGGAAGCCGCCAAGCUCGCCGCCAUCACUAAGGUCGAAGUCAAGAUCCGGUUCCCCGACCAGACCUCGGCCGUCUGGACCGUCACGCCCGACCAGACCGGCGCCUUCCUCUACCAGGCCGUCCGCGGCGUCAUGGCCCACCCGGCCCAGCCCUUCAAGCUCAUCCUGCCCGGCCCGAAGACGGUGAUCCGGGAGGACGACCGGAAGCUGAUCGCCGGGUACCGCCUCAAGGGCCGCGAAAUGCUGCACCUGCUCUGGGACGACUCGGUCGCGGCCGCGGCGCGGAGGGAGCCCUUCCUGAAGGGCAGCGUGGCGAGCAGGGCGCGGGAGGUCGUGGUGCCGGAGAUUCCGCAGGGGAGUACGGAUGAGGAGGAGGAGGAAGGGGGCGCGGCUGCCGGGCCGAGCAGGCCGGCGCAGCUUGAGAGGGGGAAGGGCGGCGGCAGUGGGUUGGACCCGGAUGCAAUGAAGAAGAAGCUUGGGAAGUUCCUGGGGCUGAGGAAGAAAUGAAUGUUUGGGGGGUGCGGUUGCUGGGAGCGCCGAAAAGACGCCGGCUGAGUGUUUGAUGCAGGAGCCGGUUGCGGUUCGGCCGGGCACGUUUAUUGUAUCGGUUUCCCCGUGAUGAGUUGCAUUGUGUGGCGUUGGGUGAACGA